GUCCCCCAGGGCUCAGUACUAGGACCUCUUCUCUUCUUGAUCCACAUAAAUGAUCUUCCUUGACAGGUUCCUGCCCGGAGGUUUUGGUGGUCCCCUGUUACUAGGCACGGAAGCCUGUUAAGUGAAAGCUUCUCCUAUUCCGUCCACAACCAUUUGAACCUACUGAUCGCACCACAUAUUGUUAACUUAUGUUUACUUCAUUCAGAUUCAUUGAGGAAAUAACAACAAGUGAAUCGACCUAUCGCCAAGAAUGAUAUCUUAAUAAGCAUACACAGAUCCAAAGUCAUAUAGUUUCCUACUUUCGACAAGCAAAUCAUGGAAUUUGAAUUCACUGCGCUUUAUUCAAGCUCCUCGGAACUCGUGGUUUACUGACGGGAUUUACUUUUAUCACCGUAAACCAUGUCGUUAUCCCGUCUGGUCGUCGAUAAUAAAUCAUACAGUUUGAAGUAUAAACUGUUUCCCAGAAUAUCCUGGAGGACCGCAGUCACAAUCGGUAUCCCGCUUGGUAUAGCCGGUUUGACCGUCCUUGUAUAUUACCUCAGAAACAAAAAAGAGAAGAGUGAAGCAGAACUUACUCCAGAAACACCAUUAGAGGCUGCUUUAGCGUUAAAGCUAAAAGGAAAUAAGUUUUUCAAGGGUGGACAGUACUCUCAGGCAAUAAGUUUAUAUGAUGAAGGACUUAAGAAAUGUCCAUUGGAUGCAGUUCAGGAACGUGCAGCUUUCUAUCAAAAUCGUGCAGCAGCCAAAGAGAAUCAACGUCAAUAUGAAUCUGCCAUUGAAGAUUGUUCUCUUGCAUUAUCAUUAACACCGCAUUAUUUGAAAGCAUUAAAUCGUCGAGCACAUUUAUAUGAAAAAUUAAAAAAAUGGGAUGAGUGCCUUUUAGAUAUGACAGCUUGUUGUAUUUUUGAAAAAUUUAAAAAUGCUGACAACAUUGUUUUCAUGGAUCAAGUACUCAAAACAAUUGGACAACAGAAAGCUCAAGAAGAACGUUCCAAAUUAUUGCAUGAAUUACCAUCAGCUUCUUUUAUUCGUAAUUAUUUGAGCGCAUUCGCAUGUAAUCCAUUCACAGUUAAUUCUUCACAACUAUCCAAGUAUAAUUCACUGACUGAAACUAAGACUGCAAUUAACGGAGUAACUGAUGAUCAUCCUGUAUCAAAUAUGCCCAGCACCACAGAAGUACCCAAUAAUAACAAUCCUAAUCAAUAUGAUUGUACACAAUUUAAAGAACCUCUUCAAUCAGCGUUUAAUAAUGUAAAUUCAGCCUUAGAUUAUAUGACGAAAGGUGAUUAUCAACAGUCAGCUGAUCAUGCGAUGAAAGCCGUUAAUUUGUUCGAAUCAAUCUUAUCGGAUAAAUCGUUCGCAGAUGUAAAGAAUUUGAUCAGUUCAUCAUCUGAGUUAGAUGAUAAUGAAACAAUUUCAAAAUCAAAUGAUAAUCUCAUCUCUCCUGAAUCUAAUGAACAUAAUGGAAAUGAAAAUGAAUUGGACAGCAAAGAAAACAAUAUCGUCACCACAACUUCAAAUAAUACUGAUUCCCUCAAUAAAAUUAAAACAAAUGAAUCUAUUCAAGUGUAUAUUAAAGAAGUAUAUAAUCAAAUUUCACUUUUACACGCUACUUAUCAAGCAUUAGCUGGACGUUCUGAAGAAGCAAAAGAACGUUUUCAAAAUAUUGGUAUGGUGGACUCUGGAGCUUCAUUAGUGGUUCGUGUUAAUGCACUGAUUAAAUCUGCAUGUUUAUCAAUGUCCGUUGAUCAAGAUGUAGCUGCUUGUCUUUAUGAUUUCCAACGUGCACAAAAUGUUUGGCCUGAAUGUCCGGAUGUGUAUCUUCAUCGAGGUCAAAUUAAUCUAUUAGCUGAUCAAUUAGAUGAAGCAUUGCAUGAUUUGAAUACAGCUGUUAAAUUAAAGCCGGAAUUUUCAGUUGCACAGGUUAGUAGUUGGCUAUACUUAUUUGUGAGUUUUGGUGGGUAGGUGGGUAGGUGGGUGAGUGGACUGUUACAUAACGAAUCAAUAUAAGCUGGAGAAUGAUGAUCGUUUAUUAGUGUCAUUGUUUAUGGUUUUAUUCAGUAUUAUAUUUUCAGUGCAAUUUGAAUUCUCAGCACAAAGUAUUUCAACAAGUUUCCGUUUCUUAUUUCCUGAUCGAUCCUGACAAUAAAUAUUGAGUGAUUGCUAGUUAAAUGUUAGCAGUCCAGGACUCGACAUCCGAAUAAUACUCAUUCCUUUCAGUGCAUAUUACCAACCACCACGAUGUCUCUGAUGAUUGUACUUUGUAACUUGUACAGUGAAAGGUCGUAAACUUUUCAUAAACGCGUCUCAAUAGAUUAUGCAAUUAAUGGACAUAAUGAUGUGUUAGGACAAACAAAAGGCAGGUAGCUUGUUGAAAUAUCUAAAUGGAAGGAACAGAUAGCCUAUAUAUUGAAGCAGGCCGCGGGAUGAUGAUAUUUCCUAGUAUUUAAAUCAUUCAAUAUUUACUAAGCCACAAUUUUCUUAUCACUUAUUAAUGUAUAUUUAAGGAUUUUACUACAAGAUUUUCAUUUAGGCAAUAACUAUAUCAACAUUGUGCAACAAUGUCUUUUAUGUUCAGAAUAGUCGUUUAUUUAUUUAUUUAAACACGAACAUUGGUACACAGGAGACUAAGAUAUAUGUAUAGGACAUACAAAUAGUUGAACUUAUGUAUAAGCUGAGAUCCUGUAAGGGUGCCCAAACUGAAACAGGUGAUUUUGUCAACAGCCAAAAUUAUUUAUUUAUUUAUUUGAAUACAUAAACAUUUGGUACAAAGGGGCACCAAAUACAUAUUCACCUCAUAAUAACAAUAUAGCCAGUAGUAGUUAUCAUUGAUUUGAGUGAGAGCUGUGAUAAUGCCUGGUUGCCCAAACGGAAGCAUCUGGUUAGUUUGUGUUUUUACUAAUAGUUUUAUGGGUCUACAUUACCGUACUGUAUCAUUGAAUAUGCAGUGAGCAAAUUAUUUCAGUUGAUGUGAAUAGCGAAACAAAAAAGCCAUGACGAACAUCGGAAGCUAUUUUUGGGAAUAUUAUAUCACUUAAUUCAAGGUUAUUCUAUAAACCAUAAGCUUUCGUUUGAUAGGCAGUGACAGAGGCGGUACUUUUGAUUCUUAAAUGGACAUAAUUCCACAAAAUGCCAUACUUCAAAAAGCCAACAUUUUGAUGGUGGUUUCUCAGUAAGUUCUUGUGUUUUUGCUGUGUUUUGUUUAGAAGAUUUUAAGGAUUCGACAGCAUUCACUGACUCGAAAUAAGAUUUCGACUUCAGUUGCACCAUCGCUGUAUCAUGUUUGAGAUUUAACAAACGUUGAGACUUGGUUGUGACCAUUUGAGAAGUGAUGUUAGGCUCCUACUCAAUGUGCAUUAAUAUUCUAAUGCGGAUGUCAACAUCUGCAAACAAAAAUCAAACAUUUAAACUGAUCUGCUGUAAUGUCAUAAAAAUUUUUAAUCGUUCACAUUCUCGAUUUACUUUUCCAGCAUCAUCGGAUGGAGAUUUUGAUAUUUGAAAACAUUGGUAGCAAGUGUGAAAUGUGCUGUAGUUUCUAAAUGCUCGUGUAAAGCGGGAUGAUACAGUUUUAAUGUUACCUAAACUUUUAGUAGAUAGUCCUCAUUAUUCAACACUUGCUAUCAAUGUUUCCCAAUAUCAAAAUCUCUACUGAUGAGUUCUAGAUAAAAUGAGACUCACUUCCUAAAUUCCACUGCUACUACGAAUAUUCUAACCUAAUACUUAACUUUUUGUGUUAAGUAAUCGUUAAGUGACUUUUGUUUCUGUCUGUAAUGAUUCUGAACCUCGUUGGUUUAUAAAAUAUCCCUAUUAAAAUAUAUCCUUCAAUGUUUAUACUUCCUUAAUGUUCAUCCACUCUUUUUCGCCCUAAAAUAUAAUUUGUUUGUAAUUUACAUUCGUUAUUGAUUUAACUUUUUCUGUGGAUUGUUUUUUCUGCUUUUUGAAUUUUAGGCUCAGCGUUUGUACACUCUAUAUCGAUGCGCAUUAACUGCUGGUGAUGUUAGUAAAGUGGAUUCUCGUAUUGAAGAGUUUCGUCGAUUAGUAAAGAAAUAUCCCAAUUGUUUGGAAACUCAUUCUUUAUUUGCUCAGAUCCUGUCUGAACGUGGUGAUUUUAAAGAGAGUGAUAAAAUAUUUGCUGAUCUAAUAACACUUGCACCAGACUCUGGAUUAGCUUAUGCUCAUCGUGGCCUAUUACAAUUAAAAUGGAAACAAGAUCGUGAUGCAGCAUUAUGUUUCUUUAUAGAAGGUAUUCAAAAAGAUCCUAAAUGUGAAUUAAUUCAUGAAUUACUUGGUCAAUUAUCUGUAGAAAAAGGUCAAUUCAGUGAAGCAUUAAAACAUUUCGAUAUGGCAAUUAAACAAGCUAAAACACAAAAUGAUUUAUCACAUUUAAUUGCAUUACGUGAAGGUGUUAAUGCACAAUUAAAAGUAUGUGAACAAUAUAAAAUAUCAAUACCGGAUGUUUUGUCAAGUAUACAACAUGAACAACAAAAAUUCUUAAUGGCUAUGCAAGAGAAAUUGUAAAGAUAAUUAAAAUAAACAAACAAACAAACAAUAAAAUUGACUUCCUGUCUUAUGAGAAAUAGCAACAAGAUGUAUGAGAGAGAGAAAAAAAAACAGACUACUUACAUCAGCAACUUUGUUAUUAUUUGGUUUCUUUUUCUUUUUCUAUAAGGGCAACGGAACAUUUGUGUUCCCAUGUUGUUGUCUUUUUUUGUAUAGAAAGAAUAAUUAAUGACAACCAUUUAUAGAUCAUUCCAUCUUGAUUAAUUAAUCUGUUUGUCCCUUCCCCCCUCUCUCUCUCUCUUGAUCACAUCGAUACUCAUCCAUGUUUCGAAUUUCCUUGAUUUUUUUCAAUUAGGAACGUGUUCUGAAUUAGUGCACAUUUGUUUGAACAUUUUUAUACAGAUAUAUACAUAUAGAGAGAGAA